AUGGCCUGUGACGAACCCACUUCUCUUUCGGGCAUCUUCACACGCCAGAACUCUGCCAGUGCCGUCUCUCUGGAUUUUGAGCCUGACGUCAACUACAAGUUUGUUGAAACCUUGGAAGACCGGUACAAGUGUGCCUACUGCCACCUCGUCCUUCACAAUCCCCACCAGACAGGAUGCGGGCACCGAUUUUGCCAGCAAUGCAUUCUUUCUCUGAGAGAGUUGAAUGGAGUACCCACCUGUCCUGUCGACAAAGAAACAAUAAAAAUGCACGAGGUAUUCAAAGACAACUGCUGUAAAAGAGAAGUUCUCAACUUGCAUGUGUUCUGCAAAAACAUUCCUGACUGCAAUUCAAAAAUAAUUCUGGGACGAUAUCAGGAGCAUCUUCAGCAGUGUUUGUUUGAAAGCGUGCAAUGCACUAAUGAUGGAUGUUGUGAUCAAAUUCUUCGGAAAGACUUGAAAGAGCAUUUGAGCCAGCACUGUAAAUUUCGAGAAGAAAUGUGUCAGUACUGUAAUAAAUAUGUGGUGUUAAUUAACAUAAAGAAUCAUGAGAAAAAUGAUUGUCCUGAUUAUCCUGUGCCUUGUCUCCAAAACUGUUCACAAAUAAUUUUGAAAAAGGAGAUUGAAAAGCACCAUGCUGUGUGUCCUGAGGCAGAAGUGGAUUGCCCGUAUAAACAGUACGGCUGUCUUGUAAAGGUUAAAAGAGGGAAACUUGCUGAACAUGAAAACGGUGCCCUGAGGGAACACAUGCUGCAGAUUUUAGAUAAGAAUUCCCGAUUGGAAGAACAGAUAUCUGACCUGUAUAAGAGCCUGGAAUGUAAAGAGAUUAAAAUCCAACAGCUAGCAGAGGCCAUCAGAAAGUGUGAGAAAGAAUUCAGACAGUUUACACAACUGUUUGGUAAAAAUAGCAACUUGAUGGUAAGCACACAG